AUGUCCAUGAAGAUGAGGGCCGUGGGCUACUUCAAUGCGGGAACCAUCAAGAUCUUCGGACAGCUGCGACUGCCACUGGUGGCUUUGGUCUCUACAUAUCUUCUCUCACGGCGCUACUCUCGAGAGCAGUGGCAGGCCAUUGUUUUGGUGGCGCUUAGCUGCUUUCUCUUCAUGUGGUUCAAGGAGAAGCAGGGCCGAAGUGUCAAGGGCAACGACCAGCUUGAUGUUCAAGGACUCCUACUUUUGGCAGGCUGGAUUCUGCUGAACGUGCUUGGUGGUGUUUUUGCUGAGCGCGCUUACAAGAGUGGAGACAAGCCUUUCUUCUCCAAGAAAGUCUCCGAGGACUUCGGAUACCUGGUCCUGAACCUCCUGAUGCUGUUUGUGGUGCCCUGCUGCGAUCCAGACGAAAACGUGUUUGAUCGCCUGCGUCGUCCAGGGUGUUUAUUCGAUUCUUGGGAUCGCCGGACAGUUGCGAUGGUGGUCAUGCUAAUGCUGGAUGCCACAGCCAGCAACUGGCUGCUGCAGGAGUUCUCCGCGCUAACUAAGUCCGUCAUGAAAGCCUUCUGUGUGGCAAUCAUCUAUUUCAUGUCGCUGACCUACAGGGAGGCGAGGGACCAAAGGAAAACCGGAACCUGUUCCUUGAACUGCUCGGCACUGCUGGUCGUCGGGCGGCUGGGCAGCGCUGGGCAGAGUUCAGGAGAGAAGUGCCUCGAGAUCGCCAGCUUGCAGUGCUUAGGUGCUCUCUUUACUAUGCGGAAGUGGCAUCCACGCACUGAGCUGCGGAGGUCUGAUGCGUUCAUCAACCUUCUGCUGAGCUUUGAGCUUGAAGCCAGAUCUGCGGAGUACCCGCAGCUCGCGUCCUCACAGGCGGCGAGGAACAUGGCCACCGUCGUAAAGGCGGCAGCCCAGGCAAAACUCCAGGCAGCUAAGGCAGUGCCCAAGGCGCCCGGCCCUGCCAAGGCAGCCGCCAAGGCCACUGCGCCAGCGAAAGCAGCGCCAGCACCAAAGCCGCAGGCCUCCCCGAAGCAGCGCCCGGCGACCCCGAGCGCAGCCGGGUUGGUAGUGCCGGCGAAGAAGUCGGCUCCCAGCGCGCCGGAGGUGGUGCAGCCCAAGGCAGAAGCCGUCCCUAAGAGCGCUCCUGAGGGUGGCGAAGAG